AUGCUCAAGCAGGCCGCCCUAUAUGAUGAUGAUGAUGAUGAUGAUGAUGAUGAUGAUGAUGAUGAUGAUUUGGAUGAUGAUGAUGAUGAUGAUGAUUUGGAUGAUGAUGCUGAUGUUAAUGAUGUUGAUGAUGAAAAUGAUGAUGGUGACGGUGAUGAUGAUGAUAAUGAUGAUGUAGAUAAUGAUGGUGAUGUUAAUGUUGAUGAUGAUGAUAUUGGUGAAGAUAAUGUUGAUGAGUAUCAUGAUGUUGAUGAUGAUGUUGAUGAUUUGGAUGAUGAUGAUGAUGAAGUUGAUGAUGAUGAUGAUGAUGAAGACGUUUGUGGUUGA